AUGUUGUCUCCGUCGUUGAACCUCGUCAAUGACGGCCGAAAAAACAUGACCUCGCCGCCUAUGGCGCCCGAGAUGGUAGCGGAGGGCGAGGCCAAAGACCGCUCUUCAACACUGGAGGAGGCUCCGGAGCAUUUUGCGCGUCUUCGCCGGUGGGGGUUGAAGUUUGUCGUUCGAUUUCUGGUGACUUCGGAAGCGGUCGAACAUGAACGACCAUAUGUACGUGGUCGUAUCCUCAUUCUCUACCGCUGUCUAACUUCUUGUCUUGGUGGCAUCUACAACAGGGAGUAUCUAGACUAUCUCCGAAGCCUUCUACCUUUACUGCCAAACUACGAAAUUUCGGCUUAUGUGUCGCUGCAUAAAGACGUCUGGUCUCGUUAUUCUGGAUGA